AUGAUAUCAUUUAAUACAAAGAAUUCUCUUAUUGAAAGAUUAGCAAAUCAGACUUAUUUAUCUGAUGAUAAUCGAUCAAAUUCCGAACAACGGUCAAGACGAUCAAGUCUUGUAGCAAGUGAUGAUGUACCUGAUUGUUACAAUCAAGUUCGUUAUAUUCCAGAUUCUUGUAAAGUAUUGUGUAAUCUUUGGAAAAUAGAUAAAGAUUUUUUAAAUAAAAGUAUUGAUAAUGAUGUAUCAAAAUCAUUAAAAGAAUUUCGUUUGAGUGAUGUUGCACGUUGUUAUCGUUCUCCAUAUAGAAUAAAUGGUGUUUUAUCGAUUUUAAAUCAAACAAUUGAUGAUUUAAUUCAAAUACAUGAUUUUAUUGAUGCAAAAAGAAAAGAAUGGCUUGAACAAUUUUUAAAAAUUAUUGAACAAGCUAGAGAUAAACAAUCAACUAUUCGUCAAACAAUGACUGAACGAAGAGAUAAUUAUGAAAAAGCUCAACGAAAAUUAGAAACAGCUGAUGCCAAUUUAAAAAAAUUUCAAACACGAUCUGAUCAUUUAACAUUAGCAAACUUUGAUGAACGUUUACGUGAAUUAGAAGAUAUUCGUUGUGAAUGUGAACAAUCUCGAACAUUAUCACGUAAUAUAUAUGCAACUGAAACAUAUAAAAUAGCUAGUGAAGAACAUUCAAUUACAAUUAAACUUUUUUUAUCAAUAUUUAUAUGA